AGUUUUCUGUUUCAUUUCCUAUUGGAGAGUUUAACCCUCUACACAACGACUUCCUCUAGCUUCUUUUCAACCUCUUCUUUUUUCCUAAUCUCUUAUGUCAUCUCCUUCUCAAUUUUGGUGGCCAGCUUUUUCUGUUCCUUGCAAUCCAUUCCAACCCUAAACCCUCGACCAAACAAAUGUUGUGCCUCGUGAGGGAGUUUGGUGCGACGCGGAUAAUGACGGUUCUUGGGUUGCUUGUUAUAGCAAAUUCUUGUGUUGGGAUGCACCAAGGUAGUAACGCAAAUGCUCUAUUGUAGUUUUCCUCUCAAAGCUGUGAAAGGAUAUGUGCUGAUGGAUGAGAAUAUGCAAUCUAUUUUCCUAGUAUUAGUGUUCGUAAGAUGAACCUUGUGCAUAAAAAAGAAAAUGUUCCAAUGCCUAACGGGAAUUUCUUCAAACGGCUUAUCUGCGUCAAAAGUUAUUCACUCGCGACUCGUAUUUUAAAGUUUGCAUGCUUGAGAGUUGAAAUGAAGGAAACUAUGUAGAGCAAACUGAUACAAGGCUUGCAAAAGGAUAUUUUGAUUUUUGGAAAAGGAUUUUGGAGGAGGGUUUAGCAGAAUGGGAAUCAAAGGUAUUGUUGGCGGUGUCGUUAGAAUGACGAGGUUUUCGAGGCGGCGCUUUUGCAAGGUGCGCUAUUCUUCAAGGCGCUGGAGUGGGCAUUAAUUUUCGUGGAAUUUGAAGUAUAUUCUUUUGGCACCAAUGGAGCGUGCGGAACUAACAACUGAGCAGGUUCUGAAGAGAGACAUCCCAUGGGAAACAUACAUGACAACUAAGCUGAUUUCAGGAACAGGCCUUCAGCUGUUAAGGCGUUUUGAUAAUAGAGCUGAAAGUGUCAGGGCACAGUUGUUGGAUGAUGAUGGUCCAGCCUAUGUUCAAGUGUUUGUUAGCAUAUUACGUGAUAUAUUUAAAGAAGAAACAGUGGAACAUGUUCUGGCUCUAAUUGAUGAAAUGCUUACAGCCAAUCCGAAAAGAGCCAGAUUAUUUCAUGACAAGUCUCUUGCAAAUGAAGAUACUUAUGAACCUUUCCUAAGAUUGCUCUGGAAAGGUAACUGGUUCAUACAAGAAAAGAGCUGCAAGAUACUUGCCUUGAUAGUAAGUGCCAGGCCAAAAACCCAGAAUGGUGUUGUUGCAAAUGGAGAAGCCUCAAACUCGAAGACAAAGCUCACUACCAUUGAUGAUGUACUAAGAGGAUUGGUUGAAUGGCUUUGCACACAGCUGAAGAAGCCUUACCAUCCUAGUCGUGGUAUUCCAACUGCUAUUAACUGUCUUGCAGCAUUGCUGAAGGAACCUGUUGUCAGAUCCUCCUUUGUUCAAGCAGAUGGAGUGAAGUUGUUGAUUCCUUUAAUUUGUCCAGCAUCCACACAGCAAUCUAUCCAGCUUCUUUACGAAACAUGUCUCUGUGUGUGGCUUUUAUCUUACUAUGAACCGGUAAUCGAGUACUUGGCAACAUCUAGGGCUCUACCCCGACUGGUUGAUGUUGUUAGGAGUUCCACGAAGGAGAAGGUUGUCAGGGUUGUUGUAUUGACCUUUAGGAACUUGUUGUCCAAAGGCACAUGUGGUGCUCAGAUGGUUGACCUUGGAUUGCCACAAAUUAUUCAGAGUUUGAAAGCACAAGCAUGGAGUGAUGAGGAUCUGUUGGAGGCUCUCAAUCAACUUGAAGAUGGGCUGAAAGAUAACAUUAAGAAAUUGAGUUCCUUCGACAAAUACAAGCAGGAAGUUCUUCUUGGUCAUCUUGAUUGGUCACCCAUGCAUAAAGAUCCAUUGUUUUGGCGUGAUAAUAUUACGUGCUUUGAGGAGAAUGAUUUCCAGAUUCUAAGGGUCCUCAUUACAAUUAUGGACUCGUCCAACGAUCCAAGACCUCUGGCUGUUGCUUGCUUUGAUAUUUCACAGUUUAUUCAGCACCAUCCUGCUGGUAGGGUGAUAGUGAAUGACCUCAAGGCCAAGGAACGGGUGAUGAAGUUGAUGAACCACGAGAGUGCGGAGGUUACCAAGAAUGCCUUACUCUGCAUCCAGAGGCUUUUCCUCGGCGCCAAAUACGCCAGCUUUUUGCAGGUAUAGUUUCGUGUUGUUGUGUGCAUGGUCAUGUCUCAUUCUACAAUGCAGCUAGUGAAUAUAUCGUAAGUAAAUUCGGCUUCGGCUUUGUUGGGUGUUAUAUUUUCAUUUGAGUAAAUUAUCUUUCUACCGGAUAUAUACUACUUCUUUGAUUCUGAGAUGUGCAAUAGAAAAUACUACUUUUUAAUA